CGGAUGUUAACUGAGUGGACACGCCGCACCGCUGCUUCUGUCGUGUGUCGGUGAGUAUAGCCGACAUGCAACUGGAUUUCUGGUGAAUUCUCAGCGGCUCCGUGAUGAGUUGACGGGGGAAAUAACACUUGAUAAAUUAAGUUUUCAUUAAGCAGAUGAGAGAAACCUGCCUGACAGCAGCACAGAGGAGUGAACCUGCCUUGGAGGAAAGCUAACCCACGAAUGGCCUGCCAGUCUGUCGCUGCAGUCAUGGACGAGCAGGCCCUGCUGGGGCUCAACCCGAACGCCGACGCCCGCUACAGGCAGAGGGCUAUGGCAUACUUUGAGCAGCUGAAGGAGUCUCAGGAUGCCUGGGAGGUGUGUGCAGAGGCUCUGGCUAAAGGGAUUUACAGUGACGACCAUGUGAAGUUCUUCUGCUUCCAAGUUUUGGAACAUCAGAUCAAGUUCAGACACGCUGGUCUGAGUGCAGUUCAGCAGCAGCUCAUCAGAGAGACGCUGAUGAAGUGGCUCCAGUGUCAGCUGAUGAACGGUCAGCCUGAGAAGCCGUUCAUCAGGAACAAAGCAGCUCAGGUGUUCGCCCUCACCUUCAUCAUGGAGUAUCUGACUCUGUGGCCCAAGUUCUUCUUUGACAUCCUGUCGCUGGUGGGUCUGAACCCCCACGGUGUCGACAUCUACCUGAGGACGCUCAUGGCCAUCGACGCCGAGGUGGUCGACAGAGACAUCCUGCACUCACCUGAGGAGACGCGCAGAAACACUUUAAUCAAAGACGCCAUGCGGGAGCAGUGCAUCCCCCACCUGGUGGAAUCCUGGUUCCAGAUCCUGCAGACCUACCAGCAGUCCCACCCAGAGCUCACCUGUCAGUGUCUGGAAGUGGUGGGAGCCUACGUGUCCUGGAUUGACCUCAACCUCAUCGCCAACGACCGGUUUGUGAACCUGCUGCUGAGUCAGAUGUCGGUGGAGGAGCUCAGAGAGGAGGCCUGUGACUGCCUGUUUGAAAUCGUCAACAAAGGAAUGGACCCCGUGGACAAAACCAAACUGGUGGAGUCUCUUUGCCAAGUGCUGCAGUCUGCUGGAUUCUUCAACGUGGACCAGGAGGAGGACGUGGACUUCCUGGCCAAAUUCUCUCGGCUGGUGAACGGGAUGGGGCAGAGUCUGGUGCUGAGCUGGACCAAACUGGCUAAGUCGGGAAACGUGAAGGACGCGGCUGAGACGCUGCAGGCCGUGGAGGCCAAAGUGCCGCUUCUGCUGCAGCUGCUGGUGCAUGAGGAUGACGACAUCUCGGCCAACAUCGUCAGCUUCUGCUACGAAUACCUGCACGUCCUCAAACAGCUGCCACAGCUGACAGACCAGCAGAAGUCCAACAUAGAGGCCGUCAUGCUCGCCGUCAUGAAGAAGCUGACGUACGAUGACGAGUACAACUUUGAAAACGAGGGUGAGGACGAGGCCAUGUUUGUGGAGUACAGGAAGCAGCUGAAGAUGCUGCUGGAUCGUCUGGCUCAGGUGUCGCCGGAGCUGCUGCUGGAGGCCGUCCGACGCGUCUUCACCAACACCAUGCAGAACUGGCAGACGGCUCCUUUCAUGGAGGUGGAGGUGGCCAUCAGGCUACUGUACAUGCUGGGUGAAUCCCUGCCGGCUUCUCACGGUGCUCACUUCUCUGGAGAAACGGCGAAGACAAGCGCCCUGCAGGACAUGAUGAGGACGCUGGUGUCCUGCAAUGUGAGCAGCUACCAGCACACCUCAGUGUCUCUGGAGUUUUUCGAAACGGUCGUUCGAUAUGACAAAUUCUUCAUCGUGGAGCCGCAGCACAUCCCAAACGUUCUGAUGGCGUUUCUGGACCAAAGAGGCCUGAGACACAACAGCCCAAAGGUCCGCAGCAGAGUGGCCUACCUCUUCUCCAGAUUUGUCAAAACUUUGCAUAAACACAUGAAUGCCUUCAUUGAGGACAUCCUGACCAGGAUCCAGGACCUGCUAGAACUCGCUCCCCCUGAAAACGGCUUCCCGGCGCUGCUGACCAGUGACGACCAGCUGUUCAUGUUUGAGACGGCGGGCGUCCUGAUCGUGAACGGAGACAGUCCCGUGGAGAGGAAGCAGGCGCUAAUGAGGAGCCUGCUUUUACCGCUGAUGGACGCGUUUCGCCUGCUGCUCGCCAAACUGCCACAAGAGACGGAGGAGGAGAGACAGGCCGCCCUCGCCGACUGUCUGAGCCACGCCGUCGGAUUCGCCAGUCGGACCAGCAAGGCGUUCAGCAACAAGCAGACGGUGAAGCAGUGCGGCUGCACGGAGGUCUACAGAGACUGUAUGCACACCUUCCUGCCUGCGCUGAGCUGUCCCGUCCAGAGGGGGGUGCUGCGCAGCUCCGUCCGCUCCUUCCUACACCGAAUGAUCAUCUGCCUGGAGGAGGAAGUGCUGCCCUUCAUCCCCGCCGCCUCGGAGCACAUGCUGAAGGACUGCGAGGCCAAAGAUCUGCAGGAGUUCAUCCCGCUCAUCAGCCAGAUGACCGCCAAGUUCAAGCGGCAGGUGUCUCCCUUCCUGCAGCAGGUUUUCAUGCCGUUGGUGCUCGCCAUCUUCGAGGUGUUGGCCCGGCCGGCAGAGGACAACGACCAGGCGGCCGCCCUAGAGAAACAGAUGCUGAGGAGGAGCUACUUCACCUUCAUCCAGACGGUCACAGGAAGUGGAAUGAACGAGGUGAUGGCCAAUCAGGGAGCAGAAAACAUCGAGCGAGUCUUGUUCACCAUCAUCCAGGGAGCCGUCGACUUCCCCGACCCCAUCGCUCAGAAAACCUGCUUCAUCAUCCUGUCCAAGCUGGUGGAGCUGUGGGGAGGUAAAGACGGCAUGGUGGGUUUCCCCGACUUCAUCUACAAACACAUCGUUCCUGCAUGUUUCUUGGCUCCUCUCAAGCCGACCUUUGACCUCUCGGAUGCUCAGACAGUCCUGACGCUGUCGGAGUGUGCCCUCACGCUCAAAAUGAUUCAUCUCAAAAGGGGCCCGGAGUUCAUCCAGUUCUUACAGCAGGAGUACUUGCCCUCACUUCAGGUGUCACCAGAAAUCUCACAGGAACUUUGUCAAGUGAUUCAGCAGCCAGACAUCAAAGUCCUGAAAAACUACAUUAAGGCGUUCUUUCAGCGAGCCAAACUGUAGGAAAUAAAACUGGAAGUUCACUGGGACUGAAAGGACACUUCACAGGAAGUGGUCGUACACGCCACUCACAACAAAAAAUGGAACUUAGCAUAGCUGCUUUUGCACUUAAGACGUGAAUGCGUAACGAAGCCCAGUCUGUCUAAGUCAGGACACGGACAGGAUGUCGGUGGACGGAUGAAUCCCUCCAGCUGCCGACGAGAUGAGCUGUCCAUGUGGACUCGAGACGUUAAGGAGCUCGACUGAUGAUCAGAGCUGGAGGACUUUUUGGAAGGUCGUGUAGAAACCUUUUCAACACAGAUCUGUGGGAGAGGACGUGACCUACCUGGAAAACUUUUGGUAAUUAUCCUUAAGUGAUAUGUGAAAUGAUAGCUUUAGUCAAACCUUCACAUUAGAAACCACACUUCAAACACGCUGGGUUUGAGUUUUGAGUUGGGUUUGGAUGUUGCUGCUGCCACUGAAUGGACAAAAAAGGGCUGAAAUGUAUUUUUAUUCAGAGUGUGGCAAUGAUGUUUUUUUUUAGGUGUUGGAUGGAUGAAGAGUUGAUUUUUACGUUUGAAGUGAAGCGCCAAGUUCUUACAGCCCGUCUCAAUCAGCAAACAUCCACAGACUUUAUUUUCCUGAAUUUGAAAGCAAAUUUCAUCAGAAUGAUCUCAGCCGCUCUGUAUUUUUGUUACCCGAUGGGAUGUCGAUACUAGAGUUUCAGUUAAAUCAGCCCCUUGUGGUGAGUUUAUCGUAAAAGUUAUGAAUCCAUGGAGUAUUUUCGGUUUCCUGGCAAUAUGACUUAAUUUGUGGGGCUGUUUUUAAUUUGAUGAACAUACAAUGGAGGAACAAAGUGUAAAUAAGAGAAUAAGAUGUUAAGAAGUGUAAAUAAAGUUCCUAGGUUUAGGUUUUUUGUUUUCUUAUCUCCAUUCCCAUCUGGAAACUAAAUAUGGAAGUCCAUUUGUACCAAAAGGAUAUAAGUUAAAAGAUGAUAAAAAUGCACACACUGAGUCAAACUGAUAAGAUACCAAGUGAAAUUUUUGACAAAAAGACUUAAGUAACAACAACAGUAAUAAUAAUUUGCUGUGGAUGUUUUUCUUUUAAUUCGACUUUUGCAGAUCUCACAAUUAUGACUUAAAGUGAAACUUUAAGUAUUGAUUCGGAAAAACUGUUCACAUUGUAAAAUUGGAUGCUUUAUUAGUGUGAUGUAGUGAGUCAAAAAUUUUACUUAAUUUUGACUUCUGACUAAAUCAGUCAUACUUUCUAUUUCCUUUGUCAUAAAUUUUGUUUGGCGUGAUCCCUAACAUCGUUUUUCUUUGCAGUAAUGAGCUUCCAUAGUGAGACUCAGACUCGUUCAUGUACAGCUCUUGUAAAAACAUGAACUUGCUCAAGAGGAGCAGUUUGAUGAAUUUUAUAUUAAGCAUUUGCGACAAUUCAGGACGAUAGACAAAUUGAUUAUGCAACACUUUGCUGAGAGCAAUACUGUGAAGGAGCUGUCAGACAGUGAGGAAACCGUCAGAGCGAGACGAUGCGAUCAACAAAUCGAGUCUGAUCGUUUUUGCUGAUGUGAAAAACUCAAAUCCACUUGACUUUGUGCAGAAAUUCUGUUGUCUAAAACUUUGGACCUCAUGAUGUCCACGCUGUCCUGUCUCACUGCACGUCUUGUCCCCUCGUGUGCUGCUUCCACUGUUAAAACCAGUUUGUGAUGAUUGUUGUCCUCAUGGAAAUUUGGUUAGAGUUUUUCUCCAGCUUUAAAUUUGUUUUAUUUUCCCAGAAACGUUGCCUUCAGAUGAACCUCCAGAGAAAGUGCCUGAAAGUAUUCAGUGAAAUGUGGUCAUACGGGCAUGCAAAUAGUUUAAAGUAUAAGUCGAGGUGUUCCUCUACAUGUCGACCUCUCAACAAAUCCCACUCAGCUAAAGCUGGAAAUAGUUAAAAUAAAAAAUCCUCACAGAAGUUUUACUAAACAAAGUAUUUGGUAAUAUCCUGUAACUGCUCACUGUAUCAAACAAAUGGGAGCAAAAGGACUAUUUUCAGCAGUGGAAGAAUACGUUUGGACGAUAAGUGUUGACAGGAUCAGCGCAUUGUGGGUGUGGUCGUGUACACAGGAUUUGUUGACAAGAAAAAAUAUAUAGAAUAUCACCAAACUUAUCUUUCAACUGAUUUAAUAAAAACAUUUCUCCAAACGUAACCGUUGAUGGAUUUCUGAGUCGGAUUACUGAGCAACAGUUUUAAAUGUGACCUGUAAGAGAAGCUUUUGUUCCGAGGCAUCAAAACCAACUGACAUUAGCUGGUUAUUUAAGAAGUAAAACAAGUUCACAUGCACAACAUUUCAGAUAAACUACAACCUAACUUGAAGUCUGAGAAAUCAGAACUCGUCUCGAGGUCCCCUUAGCACUUAAACCUCAUGUUGUUUUGCUAUUUCCUGUAAAUUGUUUUUAAAAUGCUGUUUAGCAUCUUCCCUGAGUUCAAAUUAGUUUAGCCUAGCUUAGCGUAGACUGGAAACAAGGGGGAAACUCUGUCACCAUCAAACCUGAGCUACAUGUCGUAUGAUGUUUUGCUAAAAAGCUACUUGCCAAUCCAUUGCAAGUUGUUGUCUCAGUGGUUGUUGGCCAACAAAUAGUUUCAGUGCUAAUUGCCACUAAAACAAUGUCUUCUUUUUUAAAUUUGAUUAAACGUUUGGUGGAGCUGGGCUAACUGGGAACAAAGCACCAGGUAUGCUAGCUGUUUGCUAGGCUAAGCUGCUAUAGCACAAGCUACCUACAAAUACUGGAGGUAGAGGAAAACUGUUAGCCUAGCUCCAUCAACAGUCUGUGAAAUUUGCUGAUUUGUAUCAUGUCACUAAUAAACACAGAGCGUUGAUUUUGCUAGCUGUCUUGUAGAAAAAUUGGUUUGAAGUGUCCCUUCUCCUCACAAUGGCCAGUUAGCAUGAUGUUGGAUAUUCCUAAUGUACAAACAUCAGCCAGAUACUGCAUCAAUACCCAGUCAAUAUUUGCUCACAGUUUGUCCCUGCUUCAAGCUAUGCUAUGCUAACAGCAUCCUGGACUCUGUAGGUUACCAGAGGUUGUCGAAAGGUGCAUCACUUUAAUCACUUAGUAACUCCACAGCCUUUAAGUGAUUUAUUACUUUACAGGAAUAGUUCAAUAAUGAGAGAAGUUUGUUUUCUUUGAGAUUUUCAGAUGGAUACAAUACUUAUGUCUGUGUUUAGCUUAGCUUAGCGUAAAGAAGGGAAAUGGUUAGGAAGUACAAGCACCCACACCUGCAAAGCUCACCAAUUGAUGUCUUGUUUUUAUCAAAACUUU